AUGUUUACAUGUUCCCCUCACAUUGGUGAGAAGGGUGACAAAUUUAACUACAUCAAUCAUUAUGUUGUAGGCAGCAAGGAUACUAUCAGCUAUGAUGAAUCAUAUGAAGGUGGAGGUGUAUAUAUUGCUGACGUAUUUCCUCUGUGGUUACUCCUGUUUCUAGUAGGAGCUGCUGCAAGCUGUUUAGUUUUUUUCACAUCUGAAGUGACCAAAGCACCACGAUAUCAUAUGAUUUUUGCAAUUCUCGGCUUUAUAAGUGCAAUGAUAAUAGUUUUUCGCAUUGCUGGAGAGGUCAUAAGCAUUCUACAUUGUGUUGGAGUUGUUUUCAGAAUAUCAGAAGCUACAAUUGGAUUAUCAAUCCUGGCCUGGGGAAACAGUGUAGGAGGGCUGUUGCUGUUGUUCUUUUUCAGUUGUGGAAACCACUUUCUUAAGGAGUGUGGAAAGGCAGGAAAAGAGAAAUUCUGA